CGCCGUCGGUCAGCAGUCGUCCCGGACCUGCGUUUGGGCUUGGAAAAGGGGUCUUCCAGCCAGUUUGCACAGUUGCAUUUCUUCAAUAAGUAUGACAAUGUCAUACAGCCAUUGCCCAUUCGGCCAACCGCGGUUACUCCCAACGGAAUGCACACAGAACAGCAUGAUGGAAGCUCCCAAACCGCCCGGCACAGUCGAGCACCGCUGUCGUCUCUCCGCUGACUGCUCCUGCCACUCAAGACAUUCCGUUCCUGUGUUCGGAGCUGGUGAGGGAGUCUUCCAACUUGCUACCUCAGGCAAGUACGACUACAGUACCGUUCCUUCGCUUUCUGAAAUCCGCCCCACUAAUAGUGUUGCCUACAUCGACGGUGCGGCUGAUACCGCACCUUACUCUGAUGCUCCCGUCGUUUCUGCUGUUUGUCGGUCAUCAUUCACCGAAUCAGAGGAUACAUCGUCACCGUCACCGCUGACCGUUUCCAGCCGUCUGUGGUUACUUCCAACGGAAUGCGCGCAAAAUAGCAUGAUGGAAGCUCCCAAACCGCCCGGCACAGUCGAGCACCGCUGUCGUCUCUCCGCUGACUGCUCCUGCCACUCAAGACAUUCCGUUCCUGUGUCCGGAGUUGGUGAGGGAGUCUUCCAACUUGCUACUUCAGGCAAGUACGAUUGCAGUACCGUUUCUUCGCUUCCUGAUAUUGGUCCCAUUGAUAGUGCUGCGUACAUCAAUGGUGUGGUUGAUGCCGAGCCGAACCUCGAUGCCACUGUUGUUCCAGCUACCACAACCUCGCAUUUCAACGCUCUUUCUUCCAACCGUCAUCAGGAAAUUAGUGUAUAUUACCAAAACGUUGGCGGUAUCAACAACAAGGUCGACGAUUUCCGGGUAGCUGUAUCAGACCAAUGCUACGACAUAGUAGUUCUCACGGAGACUUGA